GUUUAUGUACAUUUGGAGCUCUGAAGUUUGAAUACAUUUCAAAAAUUUAAAAUUUCGACAUUAAAAAAUUGGAAAACCAAACCAAAGUUUGUCAAGAUGGACAUGGAUUCAGCCGACGGUUCGAAUGCUACCCUACCGGAUGCGCCGCAUGCGUUCCCAAGAGCCCCAAGCAACAGCCGAAACAGUCGCAGCCACAGCUGCUGCAGUCGUAGCCGUAGCCAAAGUCCUGGCCAGCUGAGUCCGGCCGAGCUGCCGUGCAGCAGUCGGCGUGCCCUGCUGCAGCAUAUGGUGGCCACACUGCCGGCGACGGUGCAUAAUCGGGUGCUGGCCUUGAAGCACAAUCAGCUGCAACAGAUGAAAAUCUCGGAGCAGUUCUAUCGCGAGGUGUACGAGCUUGAGCGACGCUUCUAUGUGCAGAGCUGUGCGCUCUUUGAUGCGCGUCGCGACAUUGUGGCCGGGCAUGUGGAGCCGCCGGCCAUACAGCCUCAAUGGCACGAGGAGCCGGACGAGCUGCUCGAGGAGAUUAAGUCUAGCGCCGAGUUCAAGCAGCUGGCUCAACAGCUGCCGCAGUUUACGGCCGCAGCAGCUGGCGUGCCACGCUUUUGGCUGACAGUGUUUCGUAAUGUGGCCAGCAUAUCCGAGCUGGUGCAGGCGCAUGACGAGCCGCUGCUGGAGUGCCUGGAGGAUGUGCGCAUCAGCUAUGAGCCGGACAGCUAUACGAUACACUUCUGCUUUCGGCCCAAUGACUAUCUGCACACGUCGUCGCUGGAGCUGACCAAGCGCUAUAUGCUGCGCCAUGAGGCGGACAAGGAUUUUCCGUUUCUGUUCGAGGGUCCGGAGAUUGUGCGCUGCGAGGGCUGCAACAUACACUGGCGAGACGGCUCGAAUCUUACGCUGCAGACAGUGCGACCAAAGCGUCUGCGCAAGGGCGCACGCAAUCUGCCAAAGGUGAUGCCGCGCGAGUCGUUCUUUCGUUUCUUUUCGCCGCCACAGGCGCUGGAUCUGUCGCUGGCCGAUGAGAAGACCAAGCUGGUGCUGGGCGCUGACUUUGAGGUGGGCUAUCUGCUGCGCACACAAAUUGUGCCCAAAGCUGUGCUCUUCUACACCGGCGACAUGGUGGACAAUGCACAGGACGAACUGAACGCGGCUAGCUCGUACUCCUCAUUGUCGCCAGGUGAUCAGGAGCAGCUCCAUAAGUGCGCAACAUACGCGACGCCAGCGCCAGCUCCAACUCCAGCGCCAACACCAACGUUACUGUCCGUAGAUCUAUUCCAAUAAUAGCAAACAUAUAAUUUCGAGUGACUUUAAAACUAGUUGUUUAUUUGAA